GAUUAAGGUUGAUAAACAUUAAAAUUGCUUGAUUGAUAGAAAUCAUUGAUAAUUGAUAAUAAUAAUAAUUUGACAAUGUCAUCAAUGGAUGGAAUGGAACAUAAUAUGGAUGAAAAACGUGCAAAACGUGAAAUAGCUAAUUUAAAUGAACGACGUCGUAUGCAGAAUAUAAAUGCUGGUUUUCAUUCAUUACGAACAUUAUUACCUCAAAAACAUGACGGGGAAAAAUUAAGUAAAGCUGCCAUACUUCAACAUACGGCAACAUAUAUUUAUCAAUUAGAACAAGAGAUAAAUAAAUUGUUGUCACAAAAUUCUGAACUAAAAACAUUGGCCGGUGGAUCGGCAACCAAUGCAACUAAUACAAAUUCACCCGAUUGGAUGAAACGAUUACAAUCACAACCACCUGAUUGUCCAAGCUGUAAACGACGUAAAUAUGAAAAUAAUCAUCGAUUAGAUAUUGAUUCCAGUCCGAUUAAUGGUGAUGGAUCAUCAACCGAAUCAUCAUCCGAACAUGAAUUAAAUUCCAAUAAAUUUAAUCGUUCGAAAAGCAAACAAAAUGGUAAUUCACGAUUAUCAACAGAUGCAUCAGCACUUCGAAAACAGCUUUGUCGUAUUGAAAAAGAAUUGAAAGAUGAACGACGAUUACGAAUAAUGCUUCAAGAAGAAUUGCAAUAUCAAGGAAAAACAUUGAAUGGUAAUCGUCAAUAUAAUAAUAAUCCAUCUUCGGCAUUGGAUCAAAUGGCUGAUGAAGUAGAAGUAGCUAGCGAAUCAAUCGAAAUUGAAAUGCAAAGCUGUCCGGCUAGUCCUCCAGAUAUGGUCAUUGCUUCAAAUGAACAGGUGAUAACAGGCGGUACCACAAUUUAUCCAUCCGGCCAUUAUCAAUCACAACAAAUUGAAAUUGGCCAACAACAACAACAGCAACGUGUUCAAAAACAAAAUGCUAUUGCUUUGCCAAUUGAUGUUCCGUUUGUGGCACCACAUGAUGUUGACAGUCCAACCGAAUCAUCAAAUAAUAUCAACAAAAACACUUCGAAUGGUUCUGUUGUUGUUUUGGUAGAUUCUAAUGUUAUGCUUGUUGAAUCGAAUCGAAAUAUUAAAACCACUAAUGCUAAUUUAGCUUCCAAUUCAUCAACAACAAAUGCUGGUCAAAAAACGCAAAUAUUGCAAUUAGUCCCAAAUAAUUCCAGCUCUAAACAUGGUGGUCCAACAAUUUUAACUGCAAAACAUACAAAUUUAACUGUAGGCAACAAUUGUCAAUUAAUAACAAUCAAAAAAGAAUCAUCAAAUGAACAGGCUAAUACAUCAAGGCAAAAUUUAAAUACAAUUGUUGAAGCUAUUCGACAUGUAGAAGGUGGUUAUUUUAAUGAAAAUACAGAUAAAAAUAAUAAAAUGGCUAAUAGUGAAACAGAAGAUUCUUCUAAUCAAGUGGAUAUAAUGCUCAAAACCGAAAAUAAUAAUGAUAAUAAUAAUCAUUCGGAAUCGGCCAAACAAAAUGUUGUUGCUGCUGUUGUUGAAUCUUUACCAAAAUCUAAAACAAACGUUAUAUUGAAUAAUGCAAAGAUUGUAACUGUUUCCGGUGUUUCAAAUACAUCAACAUCACGUAUCUAUCAGACAAUAUCAACAGCCAAUUCAUCAUCAUCAUUAUCAUCAUCACCGUCAUCAAAUACAACAUCAACAACAACAACAACAACAAGACCUCAAAUCAUUCAAAUUCAACGACCAAAUGUUAUUGUGGCUAAUUCAGUUGAAAAUUAACGCGAAAAAUUAUCGUUUCUUUACAUACAAACACACACACAAUUCAUCAAAACGAAGAUUCUUUUUUGUUUCACUUUAUAAAAAAAACUGGACAUUUUUUUUCUCCCAUCAAAAC